CCUCCCAGAGCAAGUAAACAGCUAAUUGCAGUCGUACAGCACAGUGUGUAGGAGAUUUUUAUUUUCUGGUUGAAGUCUGCCUGAAUCAAUUGCAAUUAGACUUUUUCUUUUUUCUAUUUUAUCUCUGAUUGUAUUAACGAGCGCUGUGUGGUGGGGGCACCGGCUUCCCGGCUCCUGAGUCCGACGACACCAGGCAAGAUGCUUUGUGCAGCGGCUGCAGAGAGGAACAAGGAUCCGAUACUGAGUGUGCUCAGGGAAUGCGUGGAUCCGACCGUGCCGAUCCAGGCGCUGGAGAUAGCCUCGGGGACCGGCCAACACGUCAUGCAUUUUGCCCGGGCUCUGCCCAAUGUCACCUGGCAGCCAUCCGAGAUGGAGCAAAGGUCCCUUGAGAGUAUCUCUGCCUACAGAGAGGCACUGCGACUGGGGAACGUGAAGCCGCCACUCACCCUGGACUCUUCACAGAGCUGGGAGACAUGGGGUGGGACUCAGCCCAGCUCUCUGCACCUGAUCACCAACAUCAACAUGAUCCACAUCUCUGCGCUGAGCUGCACUGAGGGAUUGUUUAAGGGAGCAGGAAAGCUUUUGAAACCCGGUGGAUUGCUCCUGACUUACGGGCCCUAUGCCAUUAAUGGACUGAUCACCCCACAGAGCAAUGUGGAUUUCAAUCAGAGUCUGAGACAGAGGAAUCCGGAGUGGGGAUUGCGGGACACCUCCCUCCUGGGAGCGCUAGCGGAGCAGAACGGGAUGUUCCUGGAGAGAGUGGUGGACAUGCCAGCCAAUAACAAGUGCCUCCUUUUCCGUAAAGAGAACAGACCGUAGACACGGCAGAAUGCUGCUGCCGCACAGUCUACAAGCUACAGGGUCAAGUUGUGACUAGCUACGAGCAGAUAAUCCCAUUUAUACCAUGUCUAAUAAAAGAGAACCAAGUCAUAAAACA